AUGGCUGCGGAACAAUUAAAACAAUAUUUCGAUUUUUCCACGAUUGACAAAAAUAGAAUCAACGGCUAUUGUAAAUUGUGCAGUCAAAAUUAUAAGGAUAAAUGUGGAAUUUCUAGCAAUUUCUUAAAACAUUUAAAACGAAAACAUAAACCUGAAUAUGAAAAAUUAUUUUUUGAUCAAGUUAAAGAUUCAUCAGAAGCUAUUCAUGGUAAUGAUUAUCGAUCAACUACAGAAUUAUCAUCAAGCAACACCAAACAAAAUCGUAUUAAUAUAUCCAUCGCAAAAUAUUUAAUUACCAAAUGCAAUUUACCUUUGAACUUAGUGGAGAAUUUUGCGUUUCGCGAAUUUAUGAAAGAAUGUAAUAUCAAAUGGGAUCCAAUAUCAUCUAAAAAAUUGAAACAUGGUGGAAUUGCAUUUUUUACAGAUAAAAUGAAAAAAAAUCUUCAUGUAACAUUAAAUGAUACUAAAUUUAUUACAUUAACUGUUGAUGGGUGGUCUGACAGAUGA